GCUCCGUGUCACCUUUUGGAGGGGCUUUUAAAGUUGGAACCUUCCUAGCGUGCGCGGUAAACUGUGUAUGCGAAUUUUAUGCGCUUUUAAUCGCUGCUAUAAUUUGUUACACUGCCAGUUGGUGGUGUGGUGACCUUUCAAAUAUUCACCAUGAUGUCUACACCACGACGGUCCGCACGGAGAAGCACGUCGUUCUUCAACACACCACUGUCUUCUGCAAAACGGCUCUCCAGUGCGUCUUUUGCGAAGUCUCCUUACACUCCGGGAGCGUCGUCAUUCAACAGUCUGUCACUAAACAGUUCCGUUCUCGGCGAGACUCCGGAUCAUGUCGUUGAAUGCUUUGGAAACGUUGUCCCGGUCUUCGUCAGCGAUGCCCUGGUUUCUGCCGAACCUGGAACAGAAAUCAGCGCCAAGAUAUCGAGCGCAGGAUGGGCCUGGCUGGUGUGCGGCAGAAAAUUGCUGGUGUGGCAGUACAAAAACGGCACGAGAAACAGAAACUGCCAGGAAUUGCUGCUGCCCCCAAGUGACCUGGCCCACCGAGCAGAUUUGGCCCUCGUUCUACUGAGAGAGCGAAUGGCUCCAGCUGCCAUUGCAGUCUCCCCAUCGGGUAUUGUUCGAUAUUGGCCCAAUGUCGCGCACGAGGGCUCUUCACUCGACACUGUGGCUGAUCUCCAGGGUGAAGAAUGCUUCUCUCUGACUGACGCGCAGCCAAUUGGCUGCAUCCUGGCCACCACGACAAGCUCUCUGAUGCUGAUCACGCCACAGACAGUAGAUGGACAAACGAUAUUACAGUGCAGUGCUUUGCACGCCCAGCAAAGCCUCCUUCUCGGCAUCGGCCGCAGGGUGUCCUCCUUCAUCUUCGGAGCUAUGCCUGCACAGUCUUCGGAAACUAGGCCCCUGGUGAAGGUGCUCGCGGAGCCGCAGGAGGAAGACGACGAGAAGGUCAUCUACGUGCUGGUUCGAAACAGUUUGCAGAAGUGGUUGCUCGAAGAGGCCGGCAGGGAAAGGCUCUGCUCAGAAUGCGACUUAGAUCGGCCAAUGAAAGAACAGUUCCACGCCGCGUUGUGGGAAAGAGAAAAUACUCUUCCGUCUCAACUCAAAGCCUGGUGCAUCGACAUGCAGCUCACAACGGAUGGUGUCAUGGUUUUGAUGGCUGCCCUCAAUCCGCAAGUGUCACAGCAGCUGCACUUUGCUCUGGGAGUUAUUGACACCCAUUCUCCCACUUCCGCAUCGAGCAACAAGCCCUGCAACUUCGAGUUGUUCUCUGUACUCAAGUUUGUGGAACAGUACACCGAACGGGACGAAGAAAGUCUUUUGAGCUACAAGUUUGUGCUGCCAUCUGUGAAUCGUCGGUCGAGUUACGUGUACAACAGCAGUAGGGUCUUCUGCAUUGGGUCUUUUGACGGUUCGAGCGACAUGGACAUAAUCGAUUUCAAGCACGACAGGAUUCUGGGUGCAGGUUCUUACGAAGGAACUCCGCUCUUCCACUCUUUCACAAACGGAAUUGUUUGCGUGCGUUCAAUUCACGCACCCGCUCAUGACAUCAGCGCUACUCCAGAGAUAUUGAUGCAGGAACCAGUUGCUGCAGACCCAGAAAGCGAGACUGUUGAGGAAAAGCGAUACAGCAAGUUGAGGAGCGCCUUUGUCCUGUUCUGUCGGAGCGAGUUGCUCAAGAGUGAAGCCAUCAUCGAUGAGAUGUUUCCAUCUGGCGAGGGCAAUGCAGCGCUCGACCAAAGCGUGGCCACCCUGAGCGAGAGGUUGAUCGACGACAUUCCAGUUUCCGAUCCGCGGUGGAGUCAGUCCGGACAUGCCGUGGCGCCAUCUACUAUGUCAGUGAUAAUCCACCAUCAACUUGAAGACAAGCUUCAGGCUCAUAAGCUUCUGCUGAAUUUUCUCAAAGGUGUCGGACUGUGGGGCAGGCUGCGUACCAUCACUGUCCGCGGGACGCCCAUGGCAACCAGGCUGCUUCUCAAGGAGCAUGCAGAAAAACUGGUGGCUGCAAUGCAACUGCGGUCCUUGCAAGUGCAGCACAUGGCACUCGUUGAUGCCUGCAUAAAACGGACGAUUCAGGACCGUACCCUAAUGCCGACGGGAAAGCUCACGGCGACGGAUCAUUUCUUCCAGAUGGUUUCUGGCCUGGACAGCAUAUUUCCUGCAUUCCUAGACGAAGAAGAAGAGCAGCUUAAAAAAGACUGCUCGCCAAAAGAAGAGUUCACGCUCAUCACAACCGUCAACAACAUCUUUGUGAAAGUCCUUCAAGACGCAUGCCUGUUUCGGGACAAGGAACGUUUUGCUUACGAGGCGGAACAGGAGACGAACGUGGAAUAUUUUCCCUGGACAGCCUUUGCGGCAGAUACGCUCACAAAACAGCACGCCCUGACUGUGUCGAACGCUGUCCCGUUGGCGGAUGACGCCCCUUCCAGAGGCCAAGUAUUCCAGCAGCUGACUGACCUGGCAGACCUAAUCCUCCACGGCUACAAGGUCCGUCUGGACUCUCUCUCGCACAACAGCAUGGCGUACGAAGCCCUGGAACUCAAGUACCAGCAGGAUCGCACCAGACUGAUAGCACCUCUAGUAAAAGCGAGCCAGUACGAACGGGCCACGGCACUCGCCGAGAAGUACUACGACUUCGGCUCCCUGGUGGAGAUAUGUGAGGCGACCGAUAACCAGACAAGGUUACGAGGCUACAUGACCAACUUCGCCGGACAGGAUUUUCCCGAAUUUGUCUUCAAGUGGUAUCUGGAUAAAGGGCACACGGGAAAAUUGCUGCAACAGCCAGUGGCGUAUCACGGAGACCUAAGUAGGUUCCUCAGGGGCCAUGACACUUUAAGCUGGCUUCACAACAUUCAAACGGGAGAUUUGAGCUCUGCGGCAAAGACCCUCAAGAACCUGGGUCUCCAAGAAGAGAGGCACCUUUCCAAGAAAAAGACACUCCUGAGUCUCAGCAAACUGGCGUCGCUAGCAAGCGAAGAACCGUUCCAAGUCCGAAACGCCAACGUGGAGAAUGUGAGCAGGGAACACGAUCUUAUUAUGUACCAGGAAACUUUGCCAGCUUCAUUACUGGAGGCUUACUGUAUGGAUCCAGACGACAUGCGGGUCUUGACGCCGGAAGAAAUGAUACAGAUGUACACCAGCGAAGAUAACGUGAAUGCCGACGAGUAUGACUUCAUGAAAGCGCUAGAGCUCAUAGAUUUCCUGACCGCCGACUCAUCGCGCAUGGAAGAACUGCGCCUGCAGAUUUGGUGUCAAGCCAUCCUGCGUGACCAAUGGGAAGACCUUGACACAGACAACCCGAUCGAAACUAUGAAAUCGCUCCUGUUCUACAGAGUGAUCGAACUUGCAUUUUCACAAGGCGCAAGUCUACAAGAAUUCCUGCCGUCCAUGAACGACCUUCUGACAGCAGGCCAGUUAGAAACCCUGUCCGACAACGACAGCUUCAAAUUUCUUCUUAGAGCUGGUUACGAACACAUCCAGCGUCUCAUUUCUUGAGUGGUUCCAUUGAUCCCCAGGCAUGUCCUUCUUUUAUAAACUGUGUACAUAGCAAAUACGAUGCACGAUUAUAUUAAUAAAAAUUCGUUUCUCACA